UUUUAUUCAGUGUGAGUUAUCCUGCGCGUGCUUGUUCUGUUUUCAAUUUAUUUCGUUUUUCUCUCAGAUUUCCGUUUCCGGUCUGAAAUGCUGGUUUGAUCAUUGGAACACAAAAAGUUAACGCCUGAGUCCCCGUCAGAGAGAGGCCGUCCUCUGGCGUCAAGGAGGAAGACGAAGAGGCAAUCAGCUGAUGCUCGGAGAGUUCAGUGAGGGAUCAGCGCGAGGACGGCCAUGCUGUGUGUGUCGGUGUGUGUGUUCCUCUCAGCUCUUGUCCACAGCAGCACGGCCAUCAGCACAGUGCAGCGCUCCGAUGACCUGCAGCUGAGGCUGGACCCUGAAGUGAACAUGAACAUUACGGAGAUCAUCCGUAGGUGGGGUUACCCUGCAGAGGAGCACCAGGUGCUGACGGAGGACGGAUACAUCCUGAGCGUGAACAGGAUCCCACAAGGACUCAAACCUGUCGCAGGUUCGAGGCCAGCAGUCUUCCUCCAGCAUGGCCUCCUGGCUGCAGGCAGUAACUGGAUCACCAACCCACCGAACUCCAGCCUGGGCUAUGUACUGGCUGAUGCAGGCUAUGACGUGUGGAUAGGAAACAGCCGAGGAAACACGUGGUCCAGGAAACACCAAACUCUGAGCCCAUACGAGGAGGAGUUCUGGAAGUUCAGCUACGAUGAGCUGGCUCUGAAGGAUCUUCCAGCUGUGGUAGACCACAUCCUGAAGGUGACCAGCCAGGAACAGAUCUUCUACAUCGGGCACUCUCAAGGAACCACCAUAGCAUUCAUAGCAUUCUCCAUGCUGCCAGAGCUCGCCAGUAAGAUCAGGCUGUUCUUCGGAUUGGCUCCUGUGGCAACCGUUGCUUUCACCAGCAGCCCCAUGACCAAACUGUCCGUUCUGCCCGACUUUGUCAUCUGGGACCUGUUUGGGAGGCAAGACUUCCUGCCUCAGAGUGCAAUAAUUAAAUGGUUGGCCGAACAUGUGUGUGCGAAGCAAUUUCUCAGCGAGCUGUGUGGGAACAUCUUCUUCGUCCUCUGUGGCUUUGAUGAGAAAAACCUCAACAUGACUCGGACUCCAAUCUACACCACUCACUGUCCUGCUGGGACCUCAGUCCAGAACAUGAUCCACUGGGCCCAGGCUGUUCAUACAGGAAAACUGAUGGCAUUUGACUUUGGAACAGCAGAAAACAUGAAGCACUACAACCAGUCCACUCCUCCUGAGUACCACGUCCAGGACAUGAAGGUUCCCACCGCUCUGUUUUCGGGGGGGCACGAUACGCUGGCAGACCCCAAAGACGUGGCAGUUCUCCUCACUCAGAUUCCUAACCUGGUCUACCAUCAGCACAUCAAGCACUGGGAACAUGUGGAUUUUAUUUGGGGUCUGGAUGCUCCAGAGCAGAUGUUUCCUGCCAUCUUGAAGCUGCUGCAGGAGUACAGAUAGAGAGAGAACAAGAGCUGGUGGUUUGGACCAGCAUCAGAGGUGUGGAGAGGUUUCCAUCAGGAAGGUUCACGAUGUUUUACUCUUUCAUGAAGAAGCCCAGCAGACUGAGUUUCAAACCCAGCAGCGGACCGUGGGACUGGUUCUCUGUACUUCCUGAUUUUAGCAUUUUGAAUUGAUAAACUCUGACAAUGUGGAAGUGAGAAUAAGAAGUGAACCUUCAGUUUCAGUCACCUGUGCUGUAAGCCAAUAAAAACAGGGACCAUGACCAGCUUACUGUGAAACCACUUUUAUUAAAUAUGAAGGUGCUUCUCUGUGAUGCUCAAAUAAAGAAAAAUUACG